AUCGCGAAUAACAGUUAUGUGUUACAGUGUAACCAAAGCGGUUUAGUACAGCAGACGCCUAAAAUGACAUCUCCUAUUGUGACUAUAGAUGAAGGAAAAUUAAAAGGAAAAAUCUCUCAGAAUUAUUGUGGUGGCACAUUUUGUAGUUUUUUGGGAAUUCCUUAUGGCCAACCUCCUGUUGGAGAACUCAGAUUUAAGGCACCAAUACCAGUGGAACCCUGGAAUGACGUGCGAGAUGCCACUGAAGAGGGACCCGAGUGUCCAUCAAAACACAUGUUUUUCACAUAUUUAAUUGGUGCCGAAGACAACUGUUUGAAUUUAAACGUUUAUACCAAAGAAUUACCUCAGGAAAAUGCCAGUUCCCCUAAACCGGUAAUGGUAUGGAUCCAUGGUGGGGCAUACUUAUAUGGAUCAAACAAAAGUGAACUUUUUGGCCCAGAUUACUUAAUGACAGAAGACAUUGUAUUGGUAUGCAUCAAUUAUCGUUUAGGAGUCUUGGGAUUUCUCAGUCUCGAAGAUCCGUCGUUGGGAGUUCCGGGUAACGCCGGACUCAAAGAUAUGAUUUUGGCUCUAAAGUGGGUUCAAAGAAACAUCAAACACUUUAACGGCGAUCCAAACAACGUUACAAUAUUUGGAGAAAGUGCUGGUGCAGCGUCAGUACAUUAUUUAUACUUGUCACCUUUAUCAAAAGGCCUUUUUCAUAAAGCCAUUAUUCAGAGUGGCAGCGCAUUGAGCCUCUGGGCUAGUGGAUGUAAUAAUGGAAAAAUAAUUGCCAACAGCUUAGGAUAUAAAGAGAAAGAGGAAAAGAAAAUUUUAGAUUAUUUGAGAAAUCAAUCCGAAUCUAAACUUGUUAAAGCCCAACAUAAAAGUCUAGAUCUAUUUACUGCAGACCUCGUACGACCAUUCGGGCCAGUUGUGGAAAAACCUGGGGAAGGAGCAUUUCUGACUGAGGAGCCUCUAGAUAUACUAAAGUCAGGCAAAUUCAGCCACGUUCCUUUAAUAAUAGGAUACACGUCAAAGGAAGGGAUAUUUUUUGAAGCAGUAAGGAAAAUUUUGCCAGGAGUUAAGUUGAUAAGUGAUUUCGAAACUGAAGUUCCUCAUGAUUUGAAACUUGAAAAAGGCUCUCAAAAAUCAAAAGAAGUGGCUAGUAAAAUUCAGAAGUUUUAUUUUGGGGAGGAAAAACCGUCCGAAAAGAAUAUGGACAACACACAUUUGUUAAAGACGGACACACAAUUUCUGCACGGAAUAUACAGAAGCAUUCAAUAUCAAAAACUGCACAGUACAGCGCCUAUAUAUUUCUACAGAAUGUCACUUGAUACGUCACUAAAUUAUUACAAAAAUGUUUGCACAACAAAGUCGUUGCCUCUUCUCUUCCUGUGUUACUUUUUGUCUUACAAAUCAGGGAAGAAAUGCUUCUUGACGCUCUCAAAAUCUUUGCCGAGCAAUUCACCAACUGGGGUGUGCCACGCAGAUGAUUUAGGAUAUUUGUUUCCUUCAUUUCUUAGUCAAACUCUUGAACCAGGUAGUUUAGAGGAGACCUCGGUUCGAAGGUUUGUUAAACUAUGGACUAAUUUUGCCAAAACCGGUGAACCGACACCUGGAAACCCUGACCCUCUUUUAAAUAAUGUUCAAUGGAAACCGGUGAAUAAAGAAGACAAUCACUUUUUAGAUAUAGGGUCGGAGUUAAAAGUGGACAGCAAUCCAGAACAGGAUCGAAUGCAGUUUUGGGAGUCUAUAUAUAGUCCUAGUUGAUUAGAAGUACUUGUAAAUACUUAGGUUUUAUGUAAUUUAAUUACCUAUUAAAAUAUAAUAUUUUUUUAA